UUCACAAUGGCGUCGCAAAAGGCAGUGCCGGGCAUUUUGUAUGUGACGAUGGAGCCCAAAGAAAACCUUCCCAUCACACAAUUCCAUGACUGGUACAAUAACGAACAUGGUCCCGGACGUCUCCGUCUCUCGUUCUGUCAAAACGGUUUUCGGUAUCGCGCGAACGACCUCGAAGGCGGAAAAGGCUCCCAAGAAAAGCCAGAAUGGAUGGCCAUCUACGACAUUGAAGAUAUGGCAUACCUGACACAGGAUGUUUACACAAGGCUCCGCAAACCUCCGGUACAGAGCCAGCGAGAAAGAGAUACAAUGAAGAACAUCCAUGUAGACCGACGAUUCUAUGACUUCGUGGAUGGUGGAGAGUGGACAGCACCAGAAUAUGAGAGACUCGAACAAGUGAAGAAGGAAGGAGAAGGUAAUGUUAUGGUUGCUGUGUAUCUCAGCCUGCGAGAUGGUGAGGCCAACGAGCAAGAGCUGGCAAAAUGGUAUCAGGAAGAGCAUGUCCCAUUGCUAAGCAAAGUACCCGGAUGGCGAAGAACACGCCGCUUCGUAACGAGCCAUCUUGAUAUCGCUGAAGGGAGAGAGAAGGUGUAUCUAGCACUCCACGAAUACGCCCCUUCCAAUGGUCUAAACGGUCCAGAGUUCAAGACCGCAACAACCACACCCUGGACGGAAAAAAUGUACUCCUCGGUCAUCGACAGUAAAAGUCGCAGAGUCUACGACCUCUACUACACCUUCGGACCCGCCCCACGCGACCUCACUUCCCUAACCUCUCCCUCCGCCAUCUCAGCCGAAUCCACAGACGCCCUCACAAAGACAACUCCAUCAACCUCCAACCCUACCAUUGAGUCUUACAUAACGACUCCCGACGGCGUCAAACUCCCUUACCACCUCUCAGGUUCAUCUUCACCAACUGCUCCCCUCCUAAUCCUCAUCAACUCAAUCCUCGUCUCCCACGAGAUCUGGUCAGACUUCACUACCGCCUUCCUCGCCUCCACAAACAACAGAUACCGCAUCUUGCGCUACAACACGCGCGGCCGCACUACCCUCCCUUCAUCCUCAACAUCCGACAUCACAGUCGACACCCUCGCCAGCGACGUAAUCACCAUCAUGGACGCACUGCGCGCCAAAACCGCAGCAGUAGCGGGCGUCAGUCUAGGCGGUGCGACAUCACUCAACGUCGCUCUCAAGUACCCCUCGCGCAUCACCGCUUUUGUAGCAUGCGACACGAAUAGUGUCGCGCCAGCCGGUAACCCGAAAGCGUGGGGCGAGCGCAUCGCCAUGGCUGAGAAGGAAGGCGCAUCCGCUCCUGUUCCUGCUUCUCAGACUGGGGAAACGGAACCGAUUGUUGGGUCUGAACUUGCGGAGGUCACGGUGCGGAGGUGGUUUGUGGAAAAGAGCUAUGCUUCUUCUACGCUUGCACCUAAGAUUGAAGAGGUGAAGGAGAUGGUGAGGACGAAUUCGUUGGCAGGGUUCAAGGAUAGUGUUAAAGCGUUGUAUAAGUACGAUUUCAGGGAUGAGAUGAAGGGGUUUGAGGGGAAGGGGAUGUUUUUGGUGGGUGGCGGCGACGGGGUCUUGCCGAAGACUAUGCGAGAGAUGGCAGAAGGACUGGGCAAAGGAGUGGAGCUGAAGGUUGUGGAGGAUGCGGGACAUUUGCCCAUGGUCGAGAAACCGGGGGAGGUUGCGGGACUCAUCAAGGAGUUUUUGGAAGGUUGA